UUUACGACUCCUACCAACAACUUCAUCCACUUUACGCCAAUUCACUUCGUAGCUAAUAACAUUAUUUUGAUCCUUCUUUGAUAUGCCAAUGGAACUUCAACUAGGACUUGCCCUCCCAACCUACAAUCCAACCAAAUCCAAGGACAUCGACCACAACAAAUUGGACUUCCACCAGCCUAAACAUGUUGGCAAAAGCAAUAAACGUAGCUUUGAAGAGGCCUUUGGUGAUAUCAGAGAUGGUGAUCUGCAGUCAGGAAUGAUGUCUUUACUUGUAUGGAGUGGUCAGCCUAACGAGGAAGAUGAUCAGAAGGGACAGAAGAACAUAACUUCUUCUCCCAUCAACCAGAAUGAACAAAUGGAAAAAGUGGUUGUUGGGUGGCCACCCAUCCAGUCGUGGAGGAGGAAAUUGCUUCACCGGCAGCAGCAACAGGCCCGUCAAGUUAUUAGAGUCAUGAAUCACAAUCGGAUGGCUGAUAUUAAUAAUGAGAAAGAAAAUGGUGCAUCAUCAAAUUCAAUGUUUGUGAAGGUAGAGAUGGAAGGUGCAGCGAUAGCAAGGAAAAUUGAUCUUAAACGUUAUCACUCUUUUUAUACUCUGAAACACUCCUUGAUUGCCAUGUUUUCUAAAUACGAAAAAUGUAACAAACCUGGUGUAAGAUAUAGACUGACCUACCAAGACAAAGAAGGAGAUUGGCUGCUUGCAGGAGGUGUUCCCUGGCAGACCUUCAUUAAGUCAGUACAGCGGCUGAAGAUAGUAAAGAGAGGAGAUUGCCUGCAUAUAUUUCUACCCGGCCAAGCUCGACCCUCACUCUCUGUGUCUGUGUUUUUGUUUUGCUGCAUGUGCAAAAUGGGAUUCUUGAGCUUUUCUUUGCUUGUUGUAUGGAUGUUUCAGCUUGUUUCUGCACAAACAAUCACUGAUCCUGCUGAAGUGGCUGCCCUCAACAGGAUGAUAGAUUACUGGAACUUAAGAACCAAACUGAAUCUGACAGUUGACCCAUGUACAGAAAAUGCUCCAUGGGCAUCAGAGGAUGCUAAUCCACGUGUUAGAUGUGACUGCACAGCCAAUCCCUGUCAUGUCACCCACCUAAAGAUUUAUGCUUUGGACAUUUUUGGAGAGAUACCAAGUGACCUGUUCCUACUAAGGAAGUUAAUGGACCUGAAUCUUGGUCAAAAUGUGUUGAAUGGACCCAUCCCUGCUGAAAUUGGAGAGUUAUCAGAAAUGCAGUACCUUAGCUUGGGCAUAAACAACCUCACAGGUCAAGUGCCCCCAGAAAUUGGCAAUCUCACCAAACUGAUUAGCCUAAGUUUUAGUUCAAAUAAUUUCUUUGGUCCAUUGCCCAAGGAGCUCGGAAAUUUGACGUCCUUACAGCAAUUGUACAUUGACAGCAGUGGAGUGAGUGGACCAAUCCCAGAAGAAUUUGCUAAUUUGAAGUCCCUACAAAUCCUAUGGGCAUCAGAUAAUCUGUUCACUGGAAAGCUUCCAGAAUUUUUUGGGACUUUUACAGAACUCAUAGACCUGCGACUUCUAGGAACAUUACUUGAAGGUCCAAUUCCAAGCAGCUUUUCUGCUCUCACAAAACUGACUGACCUGAGAAUUGGUGAUCUCAAUGGUGAAGAUUCUACUCUUGACUUUCUAGAAAAUCAAAACAGUUUGUCUAUCCUCUCUUUGAGAAAUUGUCGAGUUUCAGGUCAAAUUCCUGAACGACUUGCCAAAUUUGCUAACUUGAUGCUACUGGACCUGAGCUUCAAUAAGUUACAGGGUCAAAUACCCAACUCAUUUCAAGAUUUUGCUUCUUUAGAGUACAUGUAUCUUGGAAACAACUACUUGAGUGGAGAGCUACCGGAGAAAAUCAUAAGUUCAAAGCUCAUUGCAUUAGAUGUCUCAUACAAUCCCCUUUCCGGAAAUUUGCAACGUUAUUCUGGCAAAGUAGGAUUAUCAGUGAAUGUUGUGGGAACUUCUGUCAAUGCAAAAAGUUUGCAAGAUGGGAAAGCUUUUCGGUUGUUGCAGUGCCUCAAUGGCGAUACCAAGUGCAGCAACAAAGUUUCUUCAUCUUCAUUUUCAGUCAAGUCUGGAGGCAGAGAACUAACAUCAACAUCUGGCAUUGAAUUUGAUAAUGAUUCUGAGAAGCUGGAAGCUGCAUCAUUUUACACAAGCUCUGAUUACAACUGGGCAGUAAGCAACACUGGGAACUUCAUCUCAAACCCAAAUGGACCCCAAUAUAUAGCAACAACAGAGUCUCAAAUCACAGCAACUUUAGAUUCUGAGCUGUAUAAGACAGCAAGGAUAUCGCCAAGCUCACUGAGAUACUAUGGCCUUGGUUUGAAGAAUGGGAAAUACAGUGUUGACCUUCAUUUUGCAGAAAUAGUGAUGGAAGAUUUGAAGUCUUGGAAAGGUCUAGGACGACGCUUAUUUGAUGUUUACAUUCAGGGAGAGAGAGUUCUCCAAGACUUCAACAUUCAAAAGGAAGCAGGGGGAUCCAAGAGAGCCUUGAUAAAAACAUUCGAGACAAAUGUGACUAACACAAUCAUGGAAAUCCAUUUCUUCUGGGCAGGGAAAGGGACUUGUUGCAUUCCAUUUCAAGGCACAUAUGGACCUUUGGUAUCAGGAAUCCAUGUUUCACAAGUCUCUACUGGUGUUGGAGAUUCGGAAAGUGGCAAACAACAGACAGGAAGACUAGCUGGAAUAGUAGUCGGAUGCGUAGGCGGGGUCAUGAUAAUCUCUUCCAUUUUCUACCUGUGGUGGACAAAGGAGUCUUCAGGACACAAGAAAGUUUUCAGAGACUCACCAAAGCAUAAUUUGGUGAGUUGAAGAAGCCAAAAUUUGAUGCUGUAACAAAUAAUCCCAUUCACCCAAUAAUAUGAAAUGCUUGGAAUCCCUCAUCCUUGAUCCAUGUAAGUUGUAUAAUAAUCUAUCAAGUUGGACAGUGGUCCUGGUGAGAUUGUUGUCUGUUUUCUUGUAUUUUCUAUUGUGUGUUGUGCCAGUAAACAUGGAAUCAUCUAUGCUUUUUUUUUUUACCAUAUUGAAUCAUGAACAAAGUUUUUUUA